AAUAUUGAUGAUUAACUAGGCAAAAUGUCAAUGAGUUUAUAGAUGCAUAUUAGUUGCAGCAGCAGCACCAUGCAGACUCAUUUGCUUCUACCAACUGUCAUCUACACGUGGCGCGUAAACCUGAGGUUGGAGCUUUCAACUGAGGUGUUCUAAACUUAACAGAAGAGGCACAGAGAAUCAGAGGUUGUAAAAAAAGAUGAACACCAUCCAGGUGAUUUCCCUGACCCUGCUGUCCGUUCUGGCGGCCAACGCUCAGUUCAUCAUGUCAGGAAGAUGCCCCAAGCCUGCUGUUCAAGAGGACUUUGAUGCUGCCAGGUAUCUUGGUAAGUGGUAUGAUAUCCAGGGACUGCCAAAUACCUUCAAGAAGGGCGAGUGCGCCAUGGCCACCUACAGCUUGAGCCCUGGAGUUGAAUUUAGUGUUCUCCACAGUGAGCUGCUUGCUGAUGGGACCAUUAUAUCCGCCAUUGGCUCUGCCAUAGCAGAAGAUCCCUCUGAGCCUGCCAAGCUGCAGUUCUUUUUUGAGAACGAUGCCCCUGUUCCUUACUGGGUGCUGUCCACCGACUACGACAACUACGCUCUGGUCUACAGCUGCAUCGAACUCGGGGCGAUGCAUGCGGCAUAUGCCGGUAUCGUGAGCAGGCAGCCCACCCUGCCUGAGGAGACAAUCAAGGAGCUACAUGGCACCCUGUCCUCUUUUGGAGUCGGAGCGGAUAAGCUGCUCACCGCCAACCAGGAUGCAGCUUCCUGCAGCGCCAUGAACCAGUAAACAGAUUGAGACAGUCUCUACAGAUUGUGGUGCAUUGUGGUGCUUUUGAUUGUACUUUCACUGUUUGUUUCAAACUAAGUCAAUGCAAUAAACUUAUUUUAUCGGCA